AUGCAAAACGGAAUGAAUGAUUCAGAUCGGCCAACCACCACGACAAUCAGUACAAUUGCAAUAAAUGCCGGUAAAAAAGCAACAAUUGUUGUCGCGUUACUAAAGAGUGUCGGAUAUGCAUCUCUUCGAAUUGAUGAAAUGCAACCACGAAUGCUUGAACUUGGCGAAAAUGUGGAUGAAACAAAUGCUCUGUUGGCUAUCCAUGAAGAUCUGAUGCAUCGACUUAAGAAUAAAGAAGAUCAGGUGGAAGAGUUACUUGCUCGAGCAGAUAAUUUAGUAAUACAGCAAAAAGAGCCCGAUGUUCACGUUUAUGAAGCAAUGGCUGAAAGUUUGGGUACAGCUUGGAAGGAAUUGAAUCGUCAACUUCACAUGCGAGGAUUUUUACUUGCUGAAACAAAGCGAUUUUAUAAAUUGGCAACACGCCACGAAGAAAUUAGUUCGAAGAUACGAAAUAUGCUUCGCACAAUAAUUCAACAGUCGGAUGUCGGCAAUCUAAACGAUACUGUUUUACAAAUUCAACAAUUUAUCGAUGAACUGAUCGAUGUAACUGCGUCAGCUGUGGAUAGCGGAGCAGAUGUGAUAACACAAAUUAGAAUACUGGGCUCUAUGGCUGAUAAUGUAGAAAGUGUUCAGGAAACUGCCCACGCUUGCUUACUAAUCGAAAAAACUAUGUUAAAGAUGGGAGCAGAAUGGGAAUUGCUUGAAGAAUCGUGGAAGAAUGAGCGAUCUAAACUAGAAAUGCAAGUUGAUGAGAGCCAAGCGAUUCUGUCUCACAUUGAAGAAAUUGAAAAAUGGCUUCAACAGGCACGAAUGCAACUUCGUGAUGGACUAAAUAUCAACGCAUUGAUGCAGCAAAUUUUGAAACAGCAUAAAGCACUAAAAGAUAUCAUAUCAACCAUCGAUCGAAGUGGCGCAAAUGCGAAUCUUCGUGAACGUGUCACGCUGUUGCAAACCGAUUUGGAUACAUUUAUGCAAGAGCUAAAACAAAGAAAAGAUGAAAACGAUAAAGUGAUCGCAUGGAUUGCAGCUGCAAAUACCAUGUUGAACCAAUUAGGUGCAAUGGAAUCAGACAUGCAUAAUGCUAAUGCAGCAAUGGUUGGAGAACUGGCACCUUUGGCAAGACAAAAAGCGCAAAAGGUGAUUGAUGACGGACGACAAAUUGAACACAUUGAUCAACGUGUUAAUCGAUUCAUCAUUGAUAUCCAGAAUAAACUAAAACAGAUCGAGAAUUAUGCUUGUGAACGGAUUGAUGAAAGCAAAGAAUUGGUCAAAGAUCAGUUAUAUCGUUUCGAAAAAUGGCUAACAGAAACUGAGCAAUCAUUUAUGGUGAAUAGCCGUUUAGGUUGCAAUUUGAAUGAUGCCAUUCAGUUCCAUAAAUUUCACAAAGAUAUGUUUACUGAUAUUAUCAACAAAGGAUUUGAGCUAAACGGUUUGUGGAGCAAAAGUCAUGAAUUAGGUGCAACUGAUCGUCAACGUUUGGAGGAAUUUAAACAACGAUACGAAUCAUUGAAAGAAGCGGUAGAUGAACGCAUUAAUCUUGGCACUGCUUUCCAACAGGUACAAAAAUUUGCUAACGAACUUGAGAGUUCAGUUGAGAGUUUAAAUGCUUUAAUUAGUUCAAAUCGUACUUAUAUGAACGAGAAAUUACUUAUACAAAUGAGAGAAGUAUUUCGUAUGAUCGAAGAAACAAUCAGACAAGAGAAACAUCAAGGUAAUCAAUUCAUUCAUGCAGCCCAAUCAGCUAAGAUGAAGGAUCCGAGACUUGAUAUUGAGCAGUCGAUAAAUUCAGUGCGCAAUUUGUUAAAUGAGCAUGAACAAAGACAGAAAAUGACCGAAGAAACUUGGCAACGAUGGAAAGAUAAACGAGUGGAGGAACAAAAAAUAAUCCGAAUUGUUGAAGAGGUUCAAAUUUGGCAAGAGGAAACGGUGGAGAUAAUUCGUACCGUAGAAGAAAAACUAGAAAAUGUAACGGUGAUUGAACGACAUGAAGAAUUGAUGAAAAUAAUUGAAGAAAUAGAAGAACGUUUCCAGGAACAAGAACGAAGAAUUGAAGAAGCUGAACGAAUUUUAAAGGAAACUGAAGGUGAAGAAGCAUUUGAAAAAGUAAUGUUAGCGAAACAGCACCAGAAACAAAUUGAAAGACGACUUACACAACUAAAGGAGAGAAUUCGAGUUGUAGAAAAGCGAGUUAAUGAAGCAGCGAAGGAAAGGACGAAAGCUCCAGAAAUCACAAGUCAUUUACGUGACGCGCAAAUUGAUGAAGGUAGUCGAUUCGAAUUUACCGCUUAUAUCAAAGGUGAACCAGUCCCUGAAAUACGCUGGUUUAAGGACGGUCGAGAUGUGAAGGAUAAUAUUGAUUACCGUACUGCAUUCGUCAAUGGGGUUGCCACUUUGACCAUCGAUGAAACAUUUGUAGAAGACACAGCCGUUUAUACAGUACGUGCUCAGAAUGUCGCGGGGUUAGCUGAAUCUUCUGCAAAACUUGUAGUCAAAUCUCGAAGUGAGAUGGGGCUACAGGCGGAAGAAUCAUUCAAACCGCGUUUCAUCCGACAGCUGCGCAAUAUUACGAUCACAGAGGGUGAUGAUGCCUUUCUCGAUUGCAUUAUUAUAGCCGUUCCUGAGCCAAAGGUUGUAUGGUAUAAAGAAGAAGAAGCGAUCAAAGAAUCGGAACAUAUCGAACUUCAAUUUGAAGGUGAUCAUUGCUCGUUGAAAGUGAAGAAUGCAAGGAUGAGUGAUGCUGGUCUUUACACGGUGAAAGCAACAAAUACCGUAGGUGAAGCUACCAACUUUUGUCGUCUGACAAUACAAACACCGUCAGUUCUAAGAAGUUCUGUGAUACCACCUUCAACAUCAUCAGAGCCAAAAUUUUCAUCAAUCACGCCAUCAUUUGCACCACCACUUACCAAUCAAGUUGUUCGAGAAGGUUCGAGGACUGUUUUUGAGAUACGCGUACUUGGCGUACCACCGCCAACAGUUGAUUGGAAGCAUAACGAUAAACCACUGUAUACAACUUUGGAUACACGCAUAGAGAAUGACAUUAAUGGAUGGUAUCGAAUGGUCAUCGAAAAUACUCUUCCUCAACAUUCCGGAAUGUAUACUGUUAUUGCAAAGAAUGAGGCAGGUGAAGCACGAUCGGGCGCUACAUUGAAUGUGGAAUCUCGACGGAUGGCAGUAGAACAGAAGGAAACAAACGUUCAAACUACGGCAGAAGGUUUUUGGAGUGAUUCUGCAAUAAUGUCAUCACCAACACCGCCGCCCGUACCGAAACAUCGCUAUCAUUCAGAAAUUGAAGAAUACGCUGAAAAAUUGGUCUCCGAAAUUGGUUGCAGUCCCACUGCUACUGUACCGGAAUUUAUUCGACCGUUCCAAAACGAAUAUAUUGUCAACGAAGGAGAAAAAUUCAAAAUGGACUGCUUGAUGAUUGGUAAUCCACGCCCCAAAGUGCGCUGGUAUUUCAACAAUCAAAUCAUUAAUAUUAAUUCGAAAUUCUGCACGUUGUCGAAUAUUGGUGAUACAUAUUCGGCAAUACUGGAACCGGCUCGUUUGGAUCAUGCCGGUGUUUACAAGAUGACAGCAGAAAACAUACGGGGUGAAACGGAAUCUGUAUUUGUGGUACGCGUGCUACCGCGAUCCCUGAAACCUACCACUGUUGAGCAUGUUCAUAUAACCGAAGAAUAUGGUGCUUAUGAGUAUGAGCAACGAAUACCUGAUGAACGCUUCUCACAACAGUUAGAAUAUGUGAACGAUAAUUUGAGGAUGCGCGAAGAGGAACAACGUCGUUUGGUAGCCAAGCAACACUCCACAAGACUUCUCUCUCCUCCUCCGGCCAAGAAACAACAAUUACAAACAGUACAUUCCCAGCAGCAGAAUUUAUCAGAGCGUUAUGAUAUUGACGAGAGUCGAGAACUUGGUCGACCACCACAUUUCACUCAAACUUUGGUGUCUGCAGUGGCUGCUUGCGGUGAUGAAGCUAAGUUCCAAGGCAUUGUCAUAGGGUGGCCUACUCCUGAAGUUACUUGGACGAAGGAUGGUGUACCAAUAUCUAAAGCGACAAAUCCAGAACUAACUUUCUCUAACAUAGGUGGUCAUGUAUCAUUGACCUUUUCUGCUUCACAGCUUGAACAUUCUGGCAAAUAUAUGUGUACCGCCAAGAAUGCAUCCGGUGUUGCUACUUCAAGUGCCCAGCUUGUCGUAAGGCCACGAACUGUAGCACCUGAUUUUGUGCGACGAUUAAUUAGCGAAGAAGUGGCAGAAGGUGAUGAAUUGAAAUGGACCGUUCAGGUGACCGGUGAUCCAAUACCAAGAAUAAGUUGGAUGAGAAAUGGCCUGGUCAUUCCACAUUGUGAUGAAGUUCGCCUCAUUGAUGAGGGUAAUGGUGUGCAUUCAAUGAUUAUUGUUAAAGUUGAAAUGGCCGAUAGUGGACAGUUCACUUGUCUUGCUGAAAAUAUUGCUGGCGAAGCUCGUAGUACAGCCGAUCUUGUGGUACGACCUGCUGGUUCUGAACCGGGCAGUUAUUUCCAUGUGACAAAGGUGACGCAAGAGAAGAAGGUAAAAGGCGAGGAAGUAAAUCGAAAUGAAAGUUUUGCAAUUGAAAAUCCACGAAUUUUAACAGGCUAA